GCGUAAUGUAAUCCCUAGCCUCCCGUUGUUGUUCCUUCGGGGCUCAUCUCUAAUGGCGUCUUCUUCUCUCUCGUCUCUCUCCUCCAUUCUGAGUCAACCUCACGGUUGUUCUUUCCGCUUCAGAAUUCCGAAGGGACGUUGUUUCAGUCUCGGGUUUCUCUCAUCGAAUCUACCCUCGGCGGCUGCUCCGCCACGCUGCUACGGCGGCCGACGCCUCACGCAGCAGAAGCUGGUGAACAAGAAGAAUGGCUUCGUAAUCGGUCUCUCGAGAAGCUUCUCUGUCUCUCAGAGUGCCGGUUCCGGAAAGUUUGAAGGUCCUGGGCUCCAUGACUUCGUCGCCAAAGCUCAAGCCCAAGCUCAAGCUCCUCUUACCACUCCCCAAACCGAAGCUGGAUAUGCACCAGAUUCUGAGAUUGCCUCAAAGGGUCGAAUUUAUCAUGAAACUUAUGGAUGUCAAAUGAAUAUUAACGACAUGGAGAUUGUCCUUUCCAUAAUGAGGAACGCCGGCUACAAAGACGUUGUGGAUGUCCCCGAGAGUGCAGAGGUCAUUUUCAUCAACACUUGUGCUAUCAGGGACAAUGCUGAGCAAAGAGUGUGGCAGAGGCUUAACUAUUUCUGGUUCCUGAAACGGCACUGGAAGAGCAACGUCGCAAAGGGAAGGGCCCAAUCCUUCCGGCCUCCUAAAGUUGUUGUCUUGGGAUGCAUGGCCGAAAGACUAAAGGACAAGAUUCUCGAUUCAGACAAAAUGGUUGAUGUGGUUUGCGGUCCUGAUGCUUAUAGAGAUCUUCCGAGGUUAUUGGAUGAGGUAGACUACGGACAAAAGGGAAUCAACACACUUCUCUCCCUCGAAGAGACUUAUGCUGAUAUUACCCCCGUCAGGAUCUCAAAAAAUGCCAUUACUGCCUUUGUCUCGAUAAUGAGAGGUUGCAACAAUAUGUGUUCUUUCUGCAUUGUUCCUUUUACAAGAGGCAGAGAGCGCUCACGUCCAGUGGAGUCCAUUGUACAGGAGGUUAGGGAGCUCUGGAACGAGGGCGUGAAAGAAGUGACGCUUUUAGGACAGAAUGUAAAUAGUUACAAUGAUGCAUCUGGGGUCGAGAAGGAGAUCGAGUCGGGCACUAAUUGGAGAUACAGUGACGGUUUUUCCAGCAUGAGUAAAGUUAAGAACAUGGGUCUACGAUUUGCCGAUCUCUUGGACCGGCUUUCCUCGGAGUUCCCCGAGAUGCGAUUCAGGUUUACGUCACCACAUCCUAAAGAUUUUCCAGACGAGUUGCUGUAUCUGAUGCGGGAGAGACACAAUAUCUGCAAACUUAUCCAUCUGCCUGCACAGUCCGGCAAUAGCAGAAUACUUGAACGAAUGCGCAGAGGGUAUACAAGGGAAGCUUACUUGGAUCUUGUUCAUAAGAUAAGGAGUAUCAUCCCGGACGUUGCUCUGACAAGUGAUUUUAUAUGCGGAUUCUGUGGAGAAACCGAGGAGGAACACCAAGACACGCUGAGCCUGGUAAGAGAGGUUAAGUACGACAUGGCGUACAUGUUCGCAUAUAGCAUGAGGGAGAAAACCCACGCCCACAGAAACUAUACGGACGAUGUCCCGGACGAUGUGAAGCAGAGGCGUCUAUCCGAACUCAUUGAGGCCUUCCGCCAGACAACAGGUCCUUGUUACGAUUCUCAGGUCGGAACCACACAGUUAGUUCUUGUGGAAGGGCCGAACAAGCGAGCCCCCGAAACAGAACUCAUGGGGAAAAGCGACAAAGGCCACCGUGUUUCGUUCGUCAUCGAACCGCUGUUGGAAAGAGACAGUCAUCCGAACGGUCGGAGGAAUCCAGUGGUCGGGGACUUGGUCGAAGUCAGGAUAUCAAAAUCGACACGGGCUUCGCUCUUCGGGCAGGCUCUUGCUAUUACCAAAUUGUCUACCUUCCACAACGCCGCCGAGCCUCCUGAAGCUGUUGCCUCUUGUGCAAGUUAACUCUAAACGCUUAUUAUAUAAUUCACAGUUUUGUUGAAGUUACAACAUCAUGGUGAAACCGACAAAUGUUUUUUUUUUU